AUGGCUAAUGAUUGCAGUAUUCCCACCUCUUGUGGAACAACAGCACUGACUGCCCUUGUACUUGGCAAGCAUCUACUGGUGGCAAAUGCUGGUGAUUGUCGUGCAGUUCUUUGUAGGAAAGGAGUUGCGCUGCAGAUGUCUCAAGAUCAUAGGCCUACUUAUUUACCAGAAAGAACAAGGGUGGAAGAGUUAGGUGGUUCCAUCGAGUAUGGGUACCUUAAUGGUGAACUUGCAGUCACCCGUGCCCUUGGGGACUGGUAUAUGAAGCUUCCCAUUGGGUCUUCAUCACCUCUCACUGCAGAGCCAGAUGUUCAACAAAUAAUGUUAACGGAGGAUGAUGAAUUCCUGAUCAUUGGUUGCGAUGGUAUAUGGGAUGUUAUGUCAAAUCAGGAAGCAGUCUGCCUUGUUCGGCAUGAGCUAAGGCAACAUGAUGAUCCACGGCAGUGUGCCAAAGAACUAGUUAAUCAGGCAUUGUGCCUUCAAACCGACGAUAACCUCACUGCCAUUGUUGUGUGCUUCACUUCCCCUGUUUGUCGAGAUUCAGUUCCUUCGCAGAGGCCAAGGUUGAGGUGCUUCAGUCUGUCUGAGGCGGCCCGGAACAAGUUGCGAAGCUUACUAGAAGGCAACUAA